AUGCAUUCAUCGGUCGUAGUUGCCAACAUUCCCUUGUCCGUCAGUGACGUCACUUUGUUGAAAUUCUUCAGCAUCAAGAUAGCAGGUUGUGCAGUUGAGCACAUCCAGCCAUUCCCAGAUGCUUACCAUUAUAUCAACGAAGCUGCUUCGACUAGAUCUGUUCAAUUGUUCUUCAAAGGUCCUGAAGAUGUUGAAAAGAUCAAGAAGAUUUUUGAAGAUGAGGCCACGAUGAAGCAAUUGAUUGAGAUGGAGAAGGAAUUGAGCUCCACUCACCAUUUGAACUCUCAAGUCGGUCCUUCUAGAGUUAGAAGACUCUCUGUGACUACUGCAUAG